AUAUUCUUUUCUCUUAAAUCAUAGCAAGCGAAUUUAUAUUCGUCGAAAGAUUUACACACGAUGGCGGGAGAAACGGUUGCCAAAUUUUGGCUUGCCACCAAAGCAGAACUGAAGGAUGUUUUGCUUCACGAACAACUCAUUCAACGUUUCAAGCCUACCAAAAGUACCCAAAUCGUUCACGAAUCUCUAUCUGAGUUGUAUUGUCGAUAUGUGCAUCUUUGUCGAAUGUUGGAUCAAUGCUACGAUCGCACGCUGCAAGUCCAGAAACGGCAAGUUAUUAAAAUUCUAACUGAAUCGGCAAAUCGACGGCUUUUGGAAUUGCAGCAAAAAAUCAAACAGAUGGAACUAAGUGAGUUCACGUAUAUAGACGGAGCCCUACGAGAGCUGCAUUUGAUUCCCGAAGAUGUACAAAUCGUCCGCCCAUGUUACUUCCCGCUUGACAGAGCAGAAGAAUUCCAAUCGUUAAUAUCUGUUCGGAAUUUAAAUCCAGUGACUAGUAGCUCCAGUAGUGAUGAAUGGUCGAGUUCGGAAAGCGAACCAGACGAACCGCCUCCAGAUCCAAGACGUCCAUUUAUUCGACGAGAUCGGGCCAAAGAGAAGCGAGUUGCUGCUCUGAACCUAAUUCUAGCUCAUGAAAAAGCUCGUCGAGCCAGAAUACUUCUGUUGAAUUUCAAAAUUCAUCCAAAACUAUUCUAUCCCAAACCAAGACAUGACCCAAUUCUAGACUUUCAUUACGAAUUUUACCACCGUCCUGACCAGAUCAUGUUGAUUCCGGUAAAAAGAACCGUAUUCACAUGGGAUUACCAACUGAAGAGGAAAAAUGUUGUGGAUUUUCCGUAUUACAGACCACCUGGUUGGAUUGAAGAGAUUCCAGAGGAAGUAAACAAAAAAGAUGCAAUAGAAAGGGUUGAAGAAGAUGUUACAAUCGAAGAACUAAUAGAAGAAGAUAAUACCGAAGAACUUAUAGAACAGAUGUUGCAGAAUCGAGCUGCUAGGAAAAUUCAACAAUACUGGAAACGAUACAAAGAGAAAAAGCGCCUUAUGAGAGAACGCUACAACAAAUCUCUUUUUCUUGGAAUGAUUGAUGAAAUGAAGAGUGGUCCAGAUUUGGACCAACGCAUCGAGCAAGCUAAAUUAGAUAGAAGAAAACGUAAACUAGAAUUUGACGAAUCGUUUAUUCGAGCGAUAGAGGAUGAAAAGGCAAGGAUUUUACAACAACGUGCGCCAUGGAUUAUGGAGGAUAUAUCUGAUCAUAUUCGAGCUUGGUUUCGAGACUUUUACGAUUUUGCACAUGCUUUUGAUCGUUACCCGGAGGCUUGGGAAGGUGGGACGCUUCUAGUGAUUAGAGGUGAAACGCUGACACCUGACGAGUAUAUGGAAGCGCAACGAAAAAUAGCUCUGGAAAAGAAGAAAACAUCCGAACAAAAGAAGAAAGAGGCUGAAGCUAAAAAGAAAGCAAAAGAAAAGGAAAAGGAAAAAAAGAAAGAAGCAAAAGAAAGAUUGAAGGAAUUAAAACGCGAAGAGAAGGAACGAGAGAAAGAAGAGGGAAAGACUUACGAUUUCAAAAAACCAGAAUUUGCUACCAAUGCUUUGUUAACUCUGGAUGAAACGUUAGCUCGCUAUGAGAAGGACUGGUACUUUGUGGAUGAGUUAGAGAAUAAAGCAGAAUUGCCGAUCAUGGAGUGGAUUACGUUAGACAAAUUUGCCGAAGUGCAUCAGGAGUUGCGUCCACUAGUCGACGAAGUGUUGCGAGGAGAACGAGAGUUACUUCAAAAGGCGCUUUGUAAAGACACCAAGAAAAAGUACAAACAGCCUAAACCUAAAAAACAAAGGAAAAGGAAAGGUAAAGGAAAAAGUAAAUCGAAGAAGCAACUCGUUGAUUUGACGGCUGAUAGAACAAUAGACUCGCUAUACGAUGAGCUGGCAGAAAUGGACAUCAUUAGGACCUACAAAAAACGAAACAUUAAUGACUAUAUAGGAGACUACAAUUAUGCGGCAUUCGAAAGACGUAACUUCUUAGAACAGGAUCCUCCCGCCGCAAUGGGAGAAGUUAGAGAUAUAAUCUUUUCAUGGUUAUUCGGACUAGGACCUCUGACGUUACCAAAGCCAAAGUCAUUCUGUUUGAUAGGACCAUCUGGAUAUGGGAAGACUAUGCUAGUGGAAGCAAUUUGUAGCGAAAUGGAUGCAGUUUUAUUUGAUUUAAGCCCUUCGACGGUCGCACCUAUUCCUAAGGCGCAGUUUCCGAUGCUCAUACAUAUUGUGUUGAAAUUGGCGCGAAUUCUACAACCGACCGUAAUACACAUCGAUCAGGCACAUAAAGUGUUUUACAAAAAAAUUCCGCCAGAUGAAAAAUCAAUGGAACCAACGAAACUCGGUCAAUUCUUGUUCAAAAAGCUGGUGAAACAAGUUAAAAAAGAAGAAAAAAUUUUACUGGUUGGAACGUCUAACCAACCGUGGACUACUAAAAUCAAAAAGUUUAAAAAGUGUUUCGAAAAGUUUCUGAUGAUACCCAGAACUGAUUACGGUACAGCUCAAUUACUGUGGAAACAUGCUUUGAAUAAGAAGACUAGCGUUAGUAAAGACUUCGAUGUUUCUUCGUUGUCUCUGGUUACGAAAGGCUACUCUCCAAAGCAAAUAUUUGAUUGUGUUAAUCAAGUGUUGGGAAUCAGAAGACGGAUGAGACUCGAACGGGAACCGGUGACAUCCAACGAACUACUGAACUACUUCCUGCAAAAGCAACCUCCUGAAUACCCGAUUACUGACAAGGAAUAUGACAAAUAUCUCAAGUUCUACAGAAAAUCGGACAAGUUGGCCAAAAAGCGCGCAAAAUUGGUAAAGGCUCGGGAAGAAGCAUUAGCUAAGCUGAAGAUGAGGGCUGCAAAGAAAUAAAUUGAUUGUCGUUUGAAGUGGAAUUAAACAGUAAACAGAAUCUUUAUUCAUUUUAUAUUCAGAUUGAAAUUAGACUAUCGUCAUGGUUAGAGUCAGUAAAGCUGAGAGUUUUAAGUAACAAAACAAUAGUAACAGAG